UUUAGUACUAGCUGAACUGAAAACGUGAGUUGGUCACAUGCGAAGGCAAGCCUACCUAUAGAGGGGAGGGAGGGAGAGAGAGAGAGAGAGAGAUAGCGAGGGAUACCCUCCUCGUCCCGUGCUCUCUCUCUGGAAAAAUCAACUUCCAUCAGUGUUAAUUAGCUCUCAAUCAAGGGAAACAUAGAAAAACUAAAAUCCUCAAAAGGGACACACAGACACAACUGUUUUAGCUCAAAUAUCAAUAUUUAAACACUAACCCAACUUCGAUUUCAUCGAGUGCUUCAGUCCCUUUAACUUUUUCGGGUUUUUCUUUAGUUCAUAGUGUAUUUGUAUUCUUGAAGAAGAUCAUAGGAGAGAGUGAGAGAAUUACAGUGGAGUAGCAGGUGAGGUGAAGGAACAAUUAAGAGGGACCUACUGAUUAAUUUUUGGCUGACAGCAACGGUCACUUUCAAUGAUUUUUCUUUUCUUUUCUUCAUUGGAUGGUAUUGUUGGUUGUUGUUUGUCUCAAUAUCUAAUCAGUAAUCACACUCACAGAAGGCACACACACUUGCAUUUUCUUGCUUAAGGAGAGAUCUUGAUUUGCAAGAUCCCUACCCCUAUCUUUAUCAACCACUUUCACCUUGAGGGAAUUUGUUUGUUGGGUUUUCUUAUCUGGCAAACAAGGUGGAAAGGUUAAGCUGCUUGGGCUCAAAACGGAAAUAGCAGAUUUUAGUCAUAUGAGGAGAUCUUUUACUCUGGUGGAUGUGCUGCUGUUACUUGCGUUAUUCGGUGAUGCUCCUUGGGCUAUCAAGUGCAGCUUACUUUGCGAACAGGGCGACCUGGCAGUGAUUCGACCUCACAGUGUCACUAUUACUGAAUUUGGAGCAGUUGGAGAUGGGGUCACUCUCAACACAAAGGCAUUCCAGAAUGCCAUCUUCUAUCUCAAUUCAUUUGCUGACAAGGGCGGGGCCAAGCUCUUUGUCCCAACUGGCCGUUGGUUGACAGGAAGCUUUGAUCUGAUCAGUCAUCUGACAUUGUGGUUAGAUAAGGAUGCUGUCAUCCUUGGAUCAACUAACUCUGAUGAUUGGCCAGUUAUCGAUCCACUGCCAUCAUAUGGCCGAGGGAGGGAGUUGCCUGGGAGGCGGCACAAAAGCCUUAUUUAUGGUCGUAAUUUAUCAGAUGUUAUUAUAACAGGUGACAAUGGAACUAUUGAUGGCCAAGGCAGCAUAUGGUGGGACUGGUUUCGAAAUCAAACCUUGAACUAUACCAGGCCUCAUCUGGUUGAAUUUAUGAACACUACUGGGGUAGUCAUCUCAAACCUGACUUUCAUAAAUUCACCAUUCUGGACCAUCCACCCUGUUUACUGCAGCCAAGUUAUUGUUCAGAAUGUCACGAUCCUUGCUCCUCUUGAUUCACCAAACACUGAUGGGAUUGAUCCAGAUUCUUCUGAUGAUGUUUGUGUUGAGGACUGCUACGUUAGCACCGGUGAUGAUAUAAUUGCCAUCAAAAGUGGGUGGGAUGAGUAUGGCAUGUCAUAUGGUCGUCCUAGCAAAAACAUUACCAUUCGCAGGCUUGUUGGACAAACUACUAGUGCAGGGAUUGCAAUUGGAAGUGAGAUGUCUGGAGGAGUGUCAGAGGUUCAUGCAGAAAAUCUCAGGUUCUACAAUUCAACUACAGGUAUCAGGAUAAAAACGUCUCCUGGAAGGGGGGGAUAUGUGAGGAACAUUUAUAUAUCAAAUAUGAGCUUGACUGAUGUCAAAACAGCUAUAAGUUUCACUGGUCGAUAUGGAGAGCACCCAGAUGAGUAUUAUGAUCCAACGGCUCUCCCUUUAAUAGAACGAAUAACCAUUGAGGAUGUUGCGGGACAGAAUGUUAAAUAUGCUGGCCUCUUGGAGGGCAUAGAAGGGGAUACUUUUCUUGACAUUUGCCUGUCGAACAUUAACCUCAGUGUGACCUCGAAGUCUCCGUGGAAUUGUUCAUAUAUACAAGGGUAUUCUGACACGGUUUCCCCAGAAAUUUGUGAGCCUCUCAGGGAGAGAAUCUUCCCUGACCAUUACUCAGAUUGUUACUGUCUAUCACAUCACUUGCAAAGUUCAUGUAAUCAAAACAGAGAUGGUGCUUGGUUGUCUUGGUAAAUUUAUGGAGGCAUAAUAGCAUUGGUUCGGUGAUUAAUUCAUCCUCUACUGUGAAUGUUCAACGUAGUUCAAGAUUUGAUUCUUGCCAUUAUCCACACCGCUGCUCAUUGCCUUUCAGAGGAAAUGGUCGCCUGACAUAUAAAGUUGAGUGAAGUUGCUGAUUUGUUGUUGUUGACUUGAGAAAAUAGUCUUGAGAGGUGAUUUUUCCUGUAGCUGUGUGCAGUAACAAAUAAUUGAGUGCAUGUUUUUUUUUAUAUAUAUCAUAAGUGGUAAUAGAAUGAGCUUAUACCUUCAAAACCAUCUCCGUGCAAAGUGUCCGUGUGUGUCUGUGGAAAGCAAAAAGGAAGAAAAAGAAUGAGCAUUUCACACCA